UGGCGACAAAAUGGAAUGAAACAGGAAACGUUUUCCUUCAUCUAUGUUAUCAAGUGACGUUUUAUUUGUGCUUUUGGCUAUUUCUUUGCCAUUAAGUUUUAGAAACUCUCAUUAAGAAUCUUAACUAGAUGUUAACUAUAAUCAUAACUCAAAACAACAGUGUUUUAAUUUUCAAGAUGUAGAGAUCUAUAUCUGAAUGUUGAAAUUCUACAAAACAUUGAAGUUCUAGAUAAGAACAGAACCUGGGCCAUAACAAAAAAUAUAUUUGUAAGUUUGAAUCAAGACCUAGACACUAAACCCAUGCUUAAUAUUAAUUUUAAACCUUAAGAGAUGGUCUAAUCAGUCUUCAAUUAGGAGUAUUUUCAUAAAUAUUCUACAUUCUGGAUUAAGUCUGUACUGAACUUGAAUCCUGAAAAUGUUACCACUACUACUGGCUGUUUUUCAUAAAAAAAAAGUUCUUUUAAUUCAGUGACCCAAUUCAUUUCAUAAAUCUGACAUGAAUUGGACUAAUGAGCUAAGUGGAUAUAUCAGUUGGAAAAUGUAAUCGUUUUACAUCAAAUAAUAAUAUGUGAAAGAAUCAUGACAGAAAUCUCGAGGCUUGUAAGGUCCAUAAGUCCAGGUCGUGUUGUAGAUCCGAAACUUUCUGAAAGUUUGCGUCUUGCAGCCAGCACUGGCCAAUUGGAUUUGGUUCGAGACUUACUAACACGGGGAGCGGGAUUGGAACAUGACAAGGAUGGAUGUACUGCUUUACAUGCUGCAGCUCUGGGAGGAUACACAGACUGCUGCAAGAUGUUGGUGUCUGCUGGAUGGGAUAUCAACCAACAAGACAAGAUUGGAUUUACUCCUCUGAUGAAAGCAGCAUCUCACGGGUACUGUGACACAGUAUUGUUUUUGCUGGAGGCUGGCUGUCUUGUAGAUAUUCAAGAUGAGCAUGGCAACACAGCUCUGCAUGAAGCAUGUUGGAAUGGAUUUAGUAAAACUGCUGAACUGUUAGUUCAAUACAACUGUGAUGUGUGUGUCACAAAUAAGGCUGGUUUCACUGCCCUCCACCUGGCAUCUCAGAAUGGUCACAAUGAAAGCUCCAGAGUCUUGCUCUAUGCUGGUUGUAAUUCAGACUUGAAAAAUAAUUAUGGCGACACUGCUUUACACACUGCCUCUAGAUAUGGUCAUGCUGGAGUGGCCAGGAUACUCAUUAGUGCCAGGUGCAAACUGAGUGAGCAGAACAAGAAUGGGGAUACAUCCUUACACAUAGCUGCUGCAUUGAAAAGAAGAAAAAUUGCAAAAAUUUUGGUUGAAUCUGGUAUUGAUGUCACUAUAGUCAACAAGCAAAAUGAAACAGCUAUUGAUGUGGCCAUGCGCAAAGAACAUCCAGAUAUUGUUCAACUCAUUUCUUCUCAUGCUCCGCCUCAAUCUUCCAGUGUUAUGAAACGUGGAGAUCUAACAGGAGCCGCCAAUAAAACUCAUUUUGUUAGCAGUCAUGCUUUAGAAAUUGAUGUGGAGCCACAGCCAUUAAAACCUGAACCAAAACAAGAGAAGGAAAGCAAAAGAUUUUUUCUUUUUAGGAAAAAGAAAAAGGACAAAGACAAAUCUGUAGCUUCACCUGCUGUCCAGAGAAAACCUGGCCCUGACAUAAUGAGCUUGAAACAAAGUAAACCACCAGUUCAUGGGUUCUUCUCUCAGUAUGUGCCUAGAGAAGGUCAACAGUUGUAUAGAGAUCUGGCUGGGAAUAUUAAACAGGGUCCCAUAGGAUAUGCUCCUGUUUGCCAGUGUGGCCCAUCUCUUAAAAGACUUGAACAUAGUAUAACUGACACUAAAGAUUCACUUUACAAUUAUGUUGAUGCCUCUCAUCAAACUUUAUCUCAUCGUAUUGAGAACCUUGACCUGCAAACAGAGCGCCAGGCUCGUGCAACAGAGGCCAUGGUGAACAAUCGCUUCCUGAAUGAAGAAUAUGCUUGUCAAAAUCGAAUAGCAUCACGUUUGGUGGAAGAAAGACAAGAGACCCAAGCUUUUUUAAACCAGGCCAGUGAUAAAAUGAGAGAUCAACUAGAAUACUGGCUUAAUGACAAACUGGCAAGCUAUGGCCACUGCCUUGAUCAUCAUCAUGAUGACACAGCUCUUCCACCUAGAAAUUUAUUUACAGACUUUGUGGCCAGGAGUAAUUUAAUUCGUUCCAGAUCAGAUGAAACUCUAUCAGCCUCUGAUUACAGUGGUAAAUUUAGGAAAAAAGAUUUCUAUACAUCUAGGCAAGCAGCUAUGCAACAGAUACGUGGCUGGGACGUGCCCAACCUGGAUGGUAAGGAAAAGCCUAGAAGACGAGAAAAGAACAACAACAGUGUAAUGGCUGCUAACAAAAUGACCAUUCAAGCACAGGUUCAUCAUGCUAGAGAUUCAGAUAGAAGUGUAAGAACUAUGAGUAACCAUGACAUAAGUCCUAGGAUGAACUCAGUCAUUCCUUCUCAGAAUUUACCACAGGAAUCUAAUGCUCCAUUACAACCACAUCCUCUGCCACGACAUCCAUACAACCAAUCACUUCACAGAGACAGAAGUAAGAGCAUGGAAAGAACAGGCUCACAACAUCGAGUCACCUUUGUUAAUGAACCCCAAGUGCAGCAUGUCUCCAGGGCUGAACACAGAGCUUACCAUCCCACUCAUACAUUUACUGGUUCUCCACCUGCUCUUUAUAGUCGUAUGGAUUCAUCCCAAAGGCAGCAAUUCUUAUCUCAAUCACCCAGCAAAAGCCACUCAAAUUUCCUAGAAGGGUGUCCUCCAAACACCGUCGUAAAGUCUAGUGGGCAAGGGGGCACCCAGAGUUCACAGCUCACUGGACAGAGAAACUGGAAUGUGUCCACUAAAAGUAACACAGAGAGCAGUGACAGCUCAGUUCAUAAUUCCAAUAAAAGUCAUAGUUCCCACUCAAGAGAUAAACAGUAUCAAGAUGGCUACUUAAGCCACAGACGAACCUCUUCUGUAGACAGUAAACUAAAUAGCACCAAUGUAUCUGCUUACAUUAAUGCCCAGCCAUACAACAGUGCACCACCAUACACAAGGCAAAACAUUGCCAGAAGUCAUAGUGCAGAGAAUUCAUUAGAGGUCAUUAAACCCAAAGACUUUCACUCCUCUGGCUACAUGACAGAUUCUGGCAUUAGAACAUCUUACAACCUCAGAUACAGUCAGAUAAACAAUGGGCACUUGCAUUCCCCUAGUCCAGCUUCUGUAAGGUAUCAAGGUCCUGAACCAUCCAUUCAGCCUUCUCAAAGAGCACCUAGUUCAUCAACCUCCACAAAACAUUUCUCUACUGAACAUAACUAUGGUUCAAGUGCCCAGGACUCAUCAGCAGUCAGAAAGCCAAAUCUGGUCAACUCACCUGAUCAGGGCGAUGUGAACAGGUCAAAUACAUUCAGACAUUUCAUUGCUCCUAUGAAAGAAUGUUUGCAGCAUGAUAUUCUGUUAAAAUCCAGCAUGUCUUCCACUCCUGUCUCACCAGCUGCUAAUAAAGAAGACAGUACAUGCAGCAGCAAUCAGGAUUCAGGCUAUGGCAGCCGCAAUCCUUAUGGGAUUAAGAGUGUGGAAACAAGUGGAGGCACACCAAGUUCUUCUUUCUGUCUUGAAAGAAGUUCUUCUGACAUUCCUAGCAACACAGGCUCUCCUGUUACUUUCUGUGAUGUGGCUAAUCAUUCUUUCAAGGGAGACUUUCAAACAAAAUCUCCUUGCUUCAGCAACAAACCAUACUCUGCAACUCCUCCUCAUAACAGACCUUGGACAGAGCAGUGGAAAAAUAAUGACUCUCUGCAACAGUCUAGAAGUAGUGAUUCUAUGAAUCAGUGGAAAAAUUUUGAUUCAACCCAGCAGUGGCGAAAUACUGAUUCUACCCAACAGUGGCGAAAUACUGAAUCAGCCCAGCAAUGGGGAAAUAAAGACUUUAACAGCAGAGUUUAUAAUUCAGAUCAGGAGAAACAACCAACCAAACCUUUAGUACCACUGAGAGCCAAUAAUUCAACAUAUUCCAGGCCACCACAGCACGUUGGUUCUUCUAAUAACAUUUCAUUACAGGCAUUUGAAGGACAAAAACACACCCGUGAGUCAUCAUGCGCUGACAGUGGUAUUCAACUGACUUAUCCUUACCAAAAUAACACACACCAGAAAAUGGCUUUGAGUGAUUCUAAAUUUAGACCCACAAGUAACAACAUUUCGCCAAACACACCAACAGUCACAAAAUCUUUUCAAACCUCUGAACCACAAAAAGAAUUUAGCCAAAGUGUUAAAGACUUUAAUAAUUCAGUAAGGUCCUCAUCAAAUAUGCAGCAAUCUAACAUGCAGACCCAUGUUCAAGACUGGUAUCAGCAAAAGUUAAAAGAAGCAGCUCAACGGCUAAGGCAGAGUGACAGUUAUAAUGUUAAUGAGAACAGUCCUGAUUCUGUCAGCCAAACACAAUAUUACCAACCAGAGCACCCCAAUCUUGUCUUUAGAACCUUGCCUCAAACAGACAGUAAUAAUGUCUCUGAAUCAAGAAAUACUUAUUCAUUGAAGUCUAGUCAGCCAGGCCCAGCUGCAAGUCCCAGGCCCAGCUUAGGGGCUUCAUUUUAUAGACAGAAUGAGAGAGCUGUAAAACCUUUGAAUUCUGAAUUAAAUAGAUCUAGCAGGGGCAUGGGGGAUUAUCAUUCUCAGGGUAAUGUCUCAUCCCAGUUGUCACAGAAUCUUGGUCAGAAAACUGUACCAGUUCAUUAUGAUCCAUUACAUGGUAUUGAUGUUUAAUAAGAUGAUCAGUAGUUGUUGAAUAGACAUACACUGAAUUAUUAUAAGGUUAACAUUUAUAAAUGUUGAAAAUUAUUGUGAUGAUAGCACAAGAUAGGGUGGAUAAGAUGUUAAAAAAAAUUUCCUAAAUGAAACUAUUUUUGUGUGUGUGAUAACAAAUGUAAAAUCCAUCCAAUAGGUCAGCAUCUUAGUAACAAACCUUAAAGCCAACCUCUUGGUUGUCUAUAUAAUCUCCACUUUUUGAACUUUCUCUUCAGCCCACACAAAACAAGAAUUAAAAACUCUCAUUUUUAUCUGAACUGUAUGAUAGUAAUUAUUCCUUUGACUCAUUAAAUUGUUGUAUUUACUCGUAUAAAAUUCAGUUGUUUGAUAUUACAAUGCUAAACUGCUGUUUAAGAAAGCCUUUGUAUACACUUUGUUCCAGCCAUUGUUAAUCCAAUUAAUGUUUUUAACUUUUCCUGCUGCCACAAAUGUUGAUCUGAUUGUGAAAUAUAUUUUCUAGCUGUCUCUGUUGGUAUUGAAUUAUACUUUGUACUCACAUUUUACUGUUAACAACUUGAAAACUAGAAAUUGUGAUUGAAUGAAAAUAUUUUAUCUUAUGGUUGAAUGCUACUUUAAAAAUUGUUUUUUACAGUGUGUUAUUUAUGACAAAAUUGCCAUUAUGUUUAUUACAUCCAUGGUCUUCAUUUUUUUUUUUAUAUUUAAAGUUUGAACGAAUUCAACAGGAAAUUGUCCAUCUUAUUUUCUUCUAUCCAAUGAUUUCUUGUAACCAAAAGUCUCUGUUCAGUACAUGAUUUGAUGCAAUUGUUAUUGUCAGUCUAACAAUCUCUAGAAUUUCUUUUUGUAAUAAUCAUUUUUAUAAUCACAUUACAUGAUUAUGAUGAGUUUGUUACUCUAGCCAAUAUUUGUGUAUAUAUACAUACUUUAAUGAUAUAACAAAAAAUCUUUCAUUAAUUUUCAUUUGACAUUUGAUAUAUAUCAUUAAAUAAAAAAUACCUUUUUACCAAUCCUAGAAAAAUCAAAUUUGAUAAAUUUCAGAUAAAUCUAUCAAUGUUUUAGUAGCUUAAAAAUGAAUUUGCUCUCUGAUCUAAGCAGAAGUUUCUUUUUCAAAUAAAUAACUUAGGUCUCAUUCUUUCUUUCUUUGUACCCUUCCUGUUAUUUCUACUAUUUGAUUAAAGUGUCAAUAGCUUUGUAGCAUUUGUAUGUUUACCAUCUGACAGUGAAAACUAAAUUGUUUCUAAUGGUUAGCUCAUGAAUGACCCCAAUAUCUUGAAUUGGUAGAUGAAGGAAAAUGCCUAAUAAAGAACUUCAUAAACUUAUUGCUAUUACUAGUGAAUCUAAAGUCAAGAGUGUAGUAUCACACUGUGUGUUGAGUCUGAAGAGCACUAAAGAUGAGGCAUAGAGAACAAGCACACACAAAAAUGUAUUUUACCUCCACCUCCUUAUUUCUGUGAAACAUCUACACUGUAGGGUGCCUGCAUCAGCCCAGAUGCGUAUCAAUAUAUCUUCCUGUCCUCUCUUCUCUAUCUAAAUAAAACAAUGCAUUCAAUCUUGCCAUACAUUCUUUUGACACCCACCAAAACACAAAGAAGUCUCAUGACUUGUAUCUGACACCCACCAAAACACAAAGAAGUCUCAUGACUUGUAUCUGACACCCUCCAUAACACAGAGAAGUAGUCUCAUGACUUAUAUCUGACAUCACAGCUCAGGUAUGAUACUAUCCACUGAAAGUUUGACAUUCAUGUAGAGAAACUGAUUCAAGGUGCACUGCUUCUAUACACUAAGUACACAUCAAAUCUACAGUUGUUUUACUUUUGAAACUUUUUUUUGUUGUAUUUUGAUUUUUCUUUUGUGUUUAUUUUAUGAAAAGAAGUAAGAGUUCAAUUUGAAAAUUAUACUUGGAAAUACAUUUCAUUUGAAGUGAAAGUAGCCCUUAACUCUUCAUAUCCUGACAGAAGCAUGGGCCUCACUUGUGGAGCCAUAGUGAUGUUAACUUCAUAAGCAUUGACUUCUAAUUAUGUCACUAUGUCACCCAAUUUAUUCUUAGAGGUAUCAGGUGCAAUUAUAUUCAUCCAUAUACCAAUAACAGACAGUUUAUUUCAAUUUAUAUUUAUUUUGUAUGAGUUAAAAAAAAAAUUAACUGCCAAAUUCAUUUUCAUUUUGAUAAAAGCAUUUACUAAUGUUGUUUUUUUUUUAAGUCUAUCUAUCAAUUGAUUUCAUUACAAUAGGCCUUAAUUAUUAUUUUUUUGUUAAGUAGGGCUUAUAGUAUUUAAUGUAAGUAUAACAUUUGUUAUUGUCAAACUCAAUUUAUUCCGUUUGUCAUAACAAUUUAUAUUUUGAACCAAUGUAAACUUAAUUUGUGAUUUAGUGCUCUAAGAGUGUUGUAGAAAGUGUAUCAACAAUCUUACCUUUGAACUGAUAGUUGAAUAAUGUUACUAUUUAUAAAUGAAUGAAAUAACUUGUUAACACUGUCAUUUGUCUACACUUGUUUACAUUUCAUUUCCAUGAAUUAAUUUAUCAUACAUUAUAUUCUAUGUAUAUAGUGUAUAAUUGUACAUAAUAUAUUGCAUAUGUAUAGACAUAAAGAACUAAAUCCUUCCAAUGAUCCAUUGAGCCACAAAAUCAACACCAUCACUCUAAUCUGCAUCAUUGAUAUGUUUGGAUUAAAACUUUUCUACUCUUC